GGAAGAAGACAGCCCGGUGGGCUCGGCCCAAAAGAAAAAGGAUAAGACGAGUUGGAUUCAUCCCUCCACCUCCAAGACGGCGGCUGCUCUCCGAAAUAGCAACCCGUCGCCGGCGCAGCGAUCUCCCUACUUCCCGAUGUAGGCAGCUGGAUGAACGAUCGAAGUUUGAUUUGGUAAAUAGCUCCUACUCUUCAUCUAUCUCUUAGGAUAUUCGUAUUUCAGGUUCGGGAUGUGCUUCCAGUCCAGAUGACUGUGCAACGCCUUUGAAUUCCAAAUCUUGUGUGUACUGUGUAUCACCGGCUCCCGUCCGUUGGCCUUGGAUAGAAAAUGACUCGUACCAGAAGUGGAACCCUGUGCAUCCAACUCUGGGAGCCUUUUGGGGGAUGGGAUUGGGAAUCGGCUGUGGCGUCGGCUGGGGACCUGGAUUCGGCCCUGAGGUGAUUGGUUACGUUGGCGCUGGCUGCGGGGUUGGCUUCAGUGUAGGCUUCACUUUCGCAGGGGUAGGGGUCGGCCUCCCUGCUAACCACCUCAUUCAAGCUCCUUACAAUGCUGUUGAGGCAACGAGACACAAUGUGUUAGCUGUGGCUCCUUUUGUUGUUGGAUUGCAUAGAGAGGCUAGUGGGAGACUGGAUAGCUUUGGUAAGAAAUUGCAGGCGGACAAAGGGUUGUUGUUAGGCAGCUUGGACUUAAACUCGAUGAGGGAUCAAUGGUCGAUCCAUAGUAGAUCGUUUUCAAGAGCGCUAGAAACUUGUACCAGUCGCUUGCUUCCCCCUCGCAAAGGUUCAGACGAUUAGGUUAAACGUGCUUCUUUCCAUGUCUCAACCUCGUUGUGGUUCUUGUGAAGAGAAGAAGGAAAACCUGGUUAACUUUGUGCUCUGAAGAUGAUAUUAUAGCCAAUUGUUGUUGUAUUGUGUUCUAUUGUACUAUAUUGUUGUAAAGUGGUAGAUCUCAUCCUUUUGUUGAAUUUUUGUUAGUUAGCUACAUUUGCAAUAACAAUUCCACUGCUUGUUGAAUCAUCCAUUUCCUGGGAACCUCUUUUACAGAGAAGAUACAAUCCAAUGGCUGUUGAUUACUUGCAAAUGGAAAGCAAAAUCACCAGCAUUACCUCUUCCCACCAAUAAUGGCAACAAAAAGUAACAAUUCAU